GGUGGAGGACAAUGGAGGGGAUGCAGGCAUACGGAGCCGGGAAAGCCGGGGGAGCCUUCGACCCUGUCACCUUCCUCCAGCAGCCUCAGACCAUUCUCCGCAUCGUGUCUUGGCUCUUCUCCAUUGUGAUCUUCGGCUGCAUCGCCAACGAGGGCUACAUCAACCGGCCAGACGAAGUGGAGGAGUACUGCAUCUUCAACCGCAACCAGAACGCUUGUAACUACGGCGUGUUCAUGGGCUCCAUGGCCUUUCUCUGCUGCGUCGCCUUCCUGGCCCUGGACGUCUACUUUCCUCAGAUCAGCAGCGUUAAAGACCGGAAGAAGGCCGUGUUGGCUGACAUCGGGAUUUCAGCGUUUUGGUCGUUCAUGUGGUUUGUGGGUUUCUGCUUUUUGGCGAAUCAGUGGCAGGUGACCAAGCAAGAGGACAACCCCCUGAGAGAGGGAGGCGACGCUGCUCGGGCGGCCAUCACCUUCUCCUUUUUCUCAAUCUUCACCUGGGGCGUUCAGGCUCUCUUCUCUAUGGAGAAAUUAAAGAACGUGUCGUUUGAAGAGGAGUACACCAAGCUGUUCCCCCCUCAGCCACAUCAACCUUUUGUCUGACUCUGUUCUGUCUCCCAUGCCUGCUACCUGAACCCUCUGCAGCUGCUCACACACAACCCUGUCAUGUUUUAGUGGCUGAAYGUCUUUAGAGGAAGUGGAUGUAUGAAAAUCUGAAUCCUGACUCAGGCUCAUUUUAAUAACAAUUCUAGCAACUGACAUGAUAAACCUGCAUKUGUGACUGUUAAGCAUGAACAGUAACAUUUUGUCUUUCAAUCAAAGACAAAAUAAAAGAUAUUCGGCUCCGUCUCUCCGGUUUUCGACGGAAGCAUUAAGCAGUUUAGGAAGUCGGUGGAUUACCUUAAGCUUUCAGUUGAGGUACUUCAGGGUUGAAUGAGCAACAGGACAUGAUUUAUUGAUCAAGGAAGCUUUGGUGUGUUUCUCUCCCCUCAGGCAAAUCUACGGAUCUCUAUUUUUUAGCAUUUCUUUUUUUUAAGUAAAACUAUCUUUUCCAGAGUUUAGAGAGAUUGAAGUGCCAUGCACAUCUUUCUUUACUUGCACCACCUGAUGGAGGUAUUCACACUUCCAGAACCUGAUCUUUCAACAUGUUAUUAUAUCCAAUUGCUUUAGUGUACCUUGUUGGAAUUUUUAGUAGUGCAUAAUUAAAUAGCUAAUUAAAUAUUCUGAAAGGUUUGCAGGUGUAACUCUAGUGAAAGGUGAGGUCGAAUAUUAAUGUGUGUCAGCUUUGAGACUUUAUUUAAUGUAAAAUUUCAAAAYUAUGUAUGUAUUUCUUCUAAAAUACGUCUAAGUAUGUGCACUGAAAAAAGAUAACAAAGUUCUCUGCUSUAUUAAGUUAGUCAAACUUACCUUAUUUAUGCUUGUUUAACAUGCCAACUGGAUAAACAUAAUAUUUAGUUGGAUGAACUUAAUUUGAGUACUUGCAACAAAUUAAUUCAGUUUAUUUAAGAUGGGUCACCGGGUUUUGCAGAUCAAUCAUUAUUAAUACUAGGGACUUAGGAAGUCUUGUAUGCAGUUUGUUUUACUAUUUCAUGGAGGUUCAUAUGGACGCUGUGUUGCUAGCAGUUUUUUAGAGGGUGUCUAGUUUGAUUUAAAAGGCAACAACACUUUCAUUGGAUAUUUAUUAGAUGUAUAUGGAUUGUUUUGCCUUAGCAACACACAGACACACUUCUCGUUUGCAUCAAGAUAGUAGACCAAAGUAGAAUUGAGGUUUUGUGUCUCCCUAGCUGCCAUUUCCAUUGCCAUCAAAAUUGUGCAAAUCAGAAUUACGAGGAUAAAUUCACUCACAAUUUUGAAAAAACGUGAGAUUUUUUAUCAAAGUUUUUACACCAGGAUGAGGCAGGGGUGGGGGCCUUCAGCCAUACCAAGAUUGAUGUGUUUCGCACAAUUGCGAUCAUGAUCAACAAACUGGAUGUAACUACAGGCGAAAAAUGUGAAGAAGACGACAGGAAGUGGGAGGAUGAUGGCAUGGCACAUUUUUCAACAACUUAUCACGUGAACAAACUUAUUCCCAUGUGAUUUUAAUAAUGUUAAUUAAUGAAUGCACCGCAAUUGCGAAAUUGUGUUAAUUUGACAAACUUUCCCAUACCUUCGCAAAGGAAACGCAGCUAAUGACGAGAUCAACUAGAUGUCACCUGCUUUGACUGACUAAAUGGCUUCCCAAGGUUUCCGGCAAACUAACCGAUGUUUUCUUCCUGCUCUCUUUCUCUUCUCUUCCAAACGCUUCACUUAACACCACUGCUUCAAACUCUUGUCUCCUCGCCRUUCGAUCGCGCUCCUUGCACCCUUGCUUGCUCUUCCAUCUUCCAUCUAUCUCCGUUGUCCGUUUUCSCCAAAGGCGGGACAGUCGUUCCUCGCCUUCCAGAGAUACAAGCUGGGGGCCGACUCCGCCCUCUUCUCCCACGAAUACACCGACCCCAGCCAGGAUGCGG